UAUAGAAUCGAAGAGAAAUUUCAAGAUUUGAGUUCGUUAUAAUAUUGAUUUGAUUCUAAAGUUUAAAUAAGUUAAAAAUCUUGAAUUGUAUGUUAUAUCUUUUCGCCGAUUAUUUUUUUCACUUGAAAAUUAAUAAUGGUGGUGUUUGACGAGAAAUUACUGGAGUUAAUUAGAAUAGGGUCCAACAGCGAUGCCAAGAUGAUCAUUGAAAGAGGUAAGGGUAUGCAACACACAAUGGAUGUAAAACGAGAAACUUUAUUGCAUUAUGCAGCUGAAUACGGAAAUAAGGAGAUGGUCGAAUUUUUGGUGGAUUUAAGAAGCAACAUUAAUGCAAGUAAUGAAAUUCAAGAAACUCCAUUGAUCAAAGCUAUCGGAGCUUCAUCACCGAGCACGGAAGUGGUAGAGUUUUUGCUUAGAGCCGGCGCCGAUCCUCUGGAUGCAUUGUCCAUUGUUAGCGAAUCUUCCGAGUGGCUAAAUAAAGAUCCUACUAUUGAAAAAUAUCAUAUUUUGAAAAUGUUUAUCGACUUAGCGUAUGAUUUUAGCCAGUUUGUUAUACUACGCGAAGGACGCGAAGAACACAUCAAAUCAUUGUUCCUAGCUGGUAUCGAUCUCCACAGGGUUGAUCGUGCGAAGGGUAGAACUUUGGUACACGUACUCGCAAUGAAUGGGAGUCGCGGUGUCAUUGAUUUGCUGUACGGUAAAAAUGUGAAUAUAGAAGCGCGUGACCGAGAUGAGAUGACGCCAUUGAUGUACGCAGCCUGCGCUAACAACGCCCGCGGCGUGGAAUUCCUAGUGGAAGAAUUGGGAGCAAAUGUCGAAGCUGCAAACCAAUAUGGGGAAACAGCUUUGUACAGAGCUAUUUACAGUGGAGAUUUACCGCAGAGCAACAGGCUAUCGAUUCAAGCUCUUUUGCUGGUCGGUGCAAACGCGCAAAUAAAAUCUAAGGAAGGAAUAACGAUCUUUGACAUACUCGCGGGAGAUAUCAUAUCCAACGGAUUGGUUGACCUUCCGCUUGCUCAUUUGGCCUUGCAAAAGGCACGUGGAGAGACCAUAAAUGAGCUCAUUUAUAGCAAAAUUAAUUCUAAUGACAAAUUCAAAAGUUACUUAGAGCACUGUCAGGAGGUACUUGAGCGUAGAAUCGACGAGCACAUUAGGUUAAUUGAUAUACUGAUAGCGAGCGAAAGAAUAAUAAAACACUACUUUAAGGAUAACAAGUUCUUUAACGAAGUGGAAAAUCUUGAGCUGGACAUUGAAUAUUAUGAAUCAAUAGUAAUCAAGCAUCUGGCCAAGUACGAGCUGAUGAUUCCAUUGAGAAAGGCAGUAACUCCGAUUAUUCCUUGGCUAAUGCACUUGGAAUAUGUAACAUGCCCCUAUGUAUGGGGUAAAAUCGCUUGGUACUUGCGUGAGAAAGAUUGCCAGUGCUUAAUUACACUUUAUCACCGAUAUCAACUGUCCAAAAACGAGUUUCCUAUCUAGAUAUGAUGAAAUAUAUAUAAUAAAUCUGUCCAAUAUGCUCUACAUCAACUAAUAUGGAACGAUUGUAUCAAAAUAAACCUACAUUAAUUAUAUAUAUAUCUAUAAGGUUUUAUUUCUACUUUUUAAAUUUUGGCAGUAUUUCAAAUAUAAAUUUUUGUUUUUUCCUAAUUCUGUAUUCAACAUUUGUCUAAUAAAAAUAUGAAAUUGAAACUAUUUCUAAAUAUUUUUUCCCCAAAAUAAUCAGCGAAAACUUGAACAAAAGAAAUCUCUUUCUGUAAUAUUAGCUUUCAUUACUUUUGUAACUAUGUUCC